GGCGCCGCGGCGCGGGCCGGGAUGGAGUGAGGGGCGAGCGGCGGACAGAGCGCGGCCCUGCGGCCCCCGCCCGUGUCUCGCUCCGUCCCGGGUCUAUGCGGCCCCCCGGAGACCAUGGGAUCCAGGAUCAAACAAAAUCCAGAAACUACCUUUGAGGUGUAUGCAGAAGUGACCCACUCAGGAAUCAGUUGCAUUGGGAAAGAUCCUGAGGUGCGGAGGCAAUUCCCAGAGGGCUACAGUGACCAGGAAGUUCUACAGACUCUGACCAAGUUUUGUUUCCCCUUCUAUGUGGACAGCCAUGCCAUUAACCAAGUUGGGCAGAACUUCACAUUUGUGCUCACAGACAUUGACAGCAAGCAGAGGUUUGGGUUCUGUCGCUUAUCUUCAGGGGCCAAGAGCUGCUUCUGUAUCUUAAGUUAUCUUCCAUGGUUUGAAGUCUUUUAUAAACUGCUCAAUGUCUUGGCAGAUUAUUCAGCAAAAGGACAGGAUAGUCAGAGGAGUGAGCUCCUAGAAACAUUUCAUAAACUUACCAUCCCUGAGCCAGGAACCUCUGUUCAUCUUGGAGUGCACUCUUACUUUACUGUGCCUGACACCAGAGAGCUUCCCAGUAUACCUGAAAAUAGAAAUCUGACAGAGUAUUUUGUAGCAGUUGAUGUCAACAACAUGCUGCACCUCUACGCCAGUAUGCUGUACGAGCGCCGCAUCCUCAUUUGCUGUAGUAAGCUGAGCACUUUAACUGCCUGUAUCCAUGGGUCUGCAGCCAUGCUCUACCCGAUGUUCUGGCAGCACGUUUACAUUCCUGUCCUGCCCCCACAUCUCCUGGACUACUGCUGUGCCCCCAUGCCCUACCUCAUUGGAAUACACUUAAGUCUCAUGGAGAAAGUAAGAAGCAUGGCCCUGGAAGAUGUGGUGAUCCUUAACGUAGACACCAACACACUGGAGACCCCUUUUGAUGACCUUCAGAGCCUCCCCAAUGAUGUGGUUUCUGCACUGAAGAACAGAUUGAAGAAAGUCUCUACAACCACUGGAGAUGGUGUUGCAAGAGCGUUUCUAAAAGCACAAGCAGCUUUCUUUGGGAGCUACAGAAACGCCCUGAAAAUUGAACCUGGUGAGCCCAUCACUUUCUGUGAGGAAGCGUUCGUGUCGCACCGCUCGUCUGUGAUGAGGCAGUUCCUGCAGAACGCCAUCCAGCUCCAGCUCUUCAAGCAGUUCAUUGAUGGGCGUCUGGAUCUGCUGAACUCUGGGGAGGGCUUCAGUGACGUGUUUGAAGAGGAGAUAAAUAUGGGAGAAUAUGCAGGUAGCGACAAACUGUACCACCAGUGGCUGUCCACAGUGAGGAAAGGAAGUGGAGCCAUUUUAAACACAGUAAAGACCAAGGCUAACCCUGCCAUGAAGACUGUCUAUAAGUUUGCAAAAGAUCAUGCAAAAAUGGGAAUAAAAGAAGUGAAAAACCGCUUGAAGCAAAAGGACAUUGCUGAGAACGGCUGCUCAGCAGCGCCGGAGGAGCCCCUGCCAAGGACAGCACCAUCACCACUGGCUGAGAAGAAGGACCCGAAAUUAAGAGAGGACAGAAGACCAAUCACAGUACAUUUUGGUCAGGUUCGCCCCCCAAGACCUCAUGUGGUUAAGAGGCCCAAGAGCAACACUGGUGUGGAGGGCAGGAGGACCUCAGUUCCCAGCCCAGAACACCUCGUAAAGCCCAUGCGACACUAUACAGUCUUCCUCUCUGAGGACUCCUCUGAUGAUGAAUUUCAGCAGGAAGAGGAUUCUGUCUCUGGCUUCUCUGAAAACUUUUUCUUCUCUGCUCCUUUCGAAUGGCCUCAGCCGUACCGGGCCCUGAAGGAGUCAGACAGUGCCGAUGGAGAGGACGUGGGCAGCCCGGAGAAAGCCAGAGAGCCGCUGCCCCCGAGCCCUCUGCUCUCCAGCAAGGCCUCAGAAGUCAACCUCCUGGAAGACCUCUUCCCCAGCUUGGAAGUAGAAGCCCAGCCCCAGCCCCUGAGCCAGGCCAAGAGCCUGGAGGACCUGCGGACACCCAAGGAGGAGGCAGAGCAGCGUUGCUCCUUUGAAUACCAGAGAAUGGAUCUUGGUGUGUCUGAGAGGAACAGGAUUGUGCCAAGCAUGAAGCUGUCCCACCCUUACAACAAGCUGUGGAGCAUGGGCCAUGAUGAUAUGGCUAUUCCCACCAAAUAUUCCCAAAGCUCGCCUGAAAGACCCUUGGCUGCCCUGGCUAACAUGCCCCCCAUCACCAGGAGACCCCAGAGCAGAGACAGUGGUCUGGCUCCUGCAGAAAAGGAUGAAUCCAAUCCUGCCAUUCAAGGGAACAUCACCAUUCCUAGGCCACAGGGAAGAAAGACUCCAGAACUGGGGAUUGUGCCACCACCACCAGCACCCAGGGCUUCCAAGCACCAGGCUCCAGCGGGGUCAGCGGAAAUCCUCACUCCUCAUGGGCGCAGCCACUUGGUUUCAGAUCUUAUCCCAGAGCCCUUUGGGGCUGGGAGUGUGUCCUUAGACCCCGAAGUGCAGCAGUCUGUAAAUCCCUCCUCUCGCCCAUCCCAGCUGCUGUGCAGUGCUGCCAGCACUGCUGAGAUGCUGCAGCCCGUGCGGGUGAAGACAGAAUGUGCAGGGAGUGAGAGCGAGCUCCUGCUGAGCCUGCUGGACCCACUGAGAACCACAGGCUGGCCAGGCUCAGCUCUGCCAGGCUCAGCUCUGCCAGGCUCAGUCCCACCAGGCUCGGUGCCAGGCUCGGCCCUGCCAGGCUCAGUCCCACCAGGCUCGGCCCCCGUGCCCGCCUUCAGCACCCUGCCAAGUGACUUUGUGCCUCUUCCAGCUGCACCAUUUGCCCAGCCCCUUGGCUAUCCUGCCCCAGCUCCACCACCUUUUCUACAGCCCUCCCCAAAUCCGUUCACCCAGACACUGCCAGGAGCCCUUCCAGUGUCCCUGGUCAGGGCCCCGAGGGGCUCCUUCACCCCCUCUUUAGGUCACGCAUACAGCUCCAGCUUCCUAAGCCCCACGGCCAGCUUCUACCCACCACAGAGACCUCAGCCCCACAUGGCCACACUGUCCAUGCCAAACCUGUUCAGCCAGGCUCCAGCUGUGCCAGCAGCUGGCUCCUUGCUCCUGCAGAGCCACAGCCCUUCUCCCACCAGCUCCCUCCAGCCAGCGUGUCUGGAUGGUCCCUCCAAACCCCAAACGUUACAGGUGGGCCAGCCCAGCACAAAGGUAGAUCCCAAACAAGCCCUGGCUCUUCUGGCUGGUGAACCCCCUCUGGUCCCCACCAGGCCAGCCAAGGGUUUGGAGUCGGUGUUACUGUCCUCAAAAUCUGAGGAGACAAAAGAUCCAUUUGAAGAUCUGUUAAAAAAGACCAAGCAGGACAUGUCACCCACACCAGGUAAGGUGGAGCAGCUCAGAAAGCGAUGGGAAACCUUUGAGUGAUGCGCCCCAUGGCCUUGGUGUCCUUUUGGAAGUGACAGAGGAAUUUUUUGGUUUUUUUGAGCCAGCAUAAACCAAGCAUUUCUUUUAAGGAAGGCUGAGCCAGGAGCGCUGCAGGACCAUCGCUGAGCUGCAACUCAACACGAGAGCUUUUUGCCCACAGAUCAGAGCCCGCUUGUCCCAGUCCCUGGCACUGCUCCCUCACUCCCUGCCACUGAACCCUGGGAUUCCUGCACUGACCAAAGCAUGAGGACAGGUGGGUUGCGUUGGGAUUUCCACACACAGCUUUUUAGGCAGCACUACUGAUGCACAAGUUACUCCUUCCCUGUAUUUUCAGUCCUUGGCACACCUGGAGCAUGCCACAGAGCACUCUGAUGGGGUUCAUUCCUGCCUCUGGGAAUGGGCAUCAGUUUUUCUGGCAUUACACACAGGUACAAGGGCAGCAAACCAGCCCACGAGUCACUGAACUGAUCCAUGGGCUCUGUGCUCACUGCACCCCAGCCACUCCUGGAGCUGUCAGAGGGACUUUGGUGGCACCUUUGACUCCCCCCUACUCCCCCCAACACCCACAGCCAGGGCAGAGUUGUCACAGGCCUGGAAACCACAGCACAGAGCAGCUGCUCAGGGAUUGGUCCUGCAUCUCUGUUGGGAAACUGGAAACACCAGCAAUUGUUUUCAUUUUUUUUCAUUUGUUUUUGUUAAAUACAUCAGAAAAUAGAGGCCAUAAAGAGUAUCCUAGUUCUUAUAUAUGUGUAUCUUAAUAUUAUCUAUCAAUAUUAUAAAUUGCAGUAUAUGAAUGGAAUGUAACAAUAUCUUGAUUAUUACAAAGAAAAGAGAAAAAACUGUGGGGUAUCAAGAUUCCCAGCUCCUGGGUGCAGGUGAAGGCCGGUGUGCUGAGGGGCUGAGGGCAGGGAUCCAGGAGGGGGGAUCUGGGCUCCAGAGCCUCGGGCUGGCCCCACGAGGCGCCGAGCACAGGGGAUGCUCAGCUGGGUGUUCUGAGCCCCCUCUGUGUUCUCCAGACAUUUCACACGAGCCUCAGCAUCCCCCAGGAAAGCUGCUGGCUCUGAUCAUUUCUGUUUCAGUUCAGUGGUGCUUCUUUGGUUCGUUUUUGUAUCUGGGCACACUCUGGUAUCAAACCUGUCACUCUCGCAGACGGAAUCGCAUCACCAUUGAGCCUUUGCUAAAGGAAAUCAUCUUGGACACAUGGGAAAAUUCGUGUAAAGCUUUAUUUGAUUUCCAAUGUAUCUAUUUUAUUCAUGUUAUCUUGGAAGUUUUCUCACUCUGGGGAAUGGGAAUGGCUGUCUCUGUGUUCGAGUCUGGGCAGUACAAAAGAAAAAUAAUAUCUGAAAUGCUGCCGGUUUUGGGAAGACCACAGUAUUCCAGGAAUAUUCUGUUUCUGUACAGUGCUGUUCCUUUGACAGGCCAUUCACUUGGAUUUGUACUUUCUUUUUGUGUUGAGAGACAGAUGGGUUUAGUAUUGAAUAGUAAAAUAUUUAAAGUCUUAAGAUACCAGUUCCAUUUUAUUUGCUACAGUUCAGAAUAAGAAUGUUAUAGACAAUUGAGUCUGGCAUUUCAGAGCUCCUUUGCUAUGAGCUGGAUGAUAAAACUUUCUGGAUUUUGGUGGAUGUGAAUGGGCCCUGGACAAUCCUGCCUAGCAGGGCUAGGGCAAGCAGGGCUCCACAGGCCCUGUUUAAGCUCAGUAAUGUCACACAGAUCAGACAGUGAGGAGCCCAUCACAGACACUCUGAACUCAGGAAAUUGUGUCCUGCUGCAGUUCAUUUCCACCUCUGGUUACCUUUCCAUAUUAUGGAUCAUUUGCUGAGUCAGUUUUGGGGCACUGAAGAGUAUUAACGUGCAUUUAUUCACCCUCCACUUUAUUUAUUAUAGUGCUACUUUAUUUGUAUAUUAUUGCUACUUUAUUUAGUGCCUCUGAGAUCCAGGAGGACAAAGAAUUUGACUUUCCUCGCUUCUCGAGCAGGGUUUGCAAGCAGGAGACUUUUUUUAGGGGUUUCUUGUAACAUAGGAAUGGAGUUAUCCCUAGGGCAGCAUUUAGGGAUUUUUCAUCUUAUUUAAACUCAGGAAUGCCUAACUGAACCAGCUCUGGUUCAGCACUAGAAGGAAUUUGGAUGUUUUUAUUAAUCCAGUAUAAAAAGUGUUCCUGCUCUUACUCAUCAGUGACUUUAUACUUGACUUUGUCCAGGUUCCUGUGUUCACCCUGUGUUUGGUACUGCUUUGCUUAUUUACAGCUGCCAUAAGAAAUGAGUUUAUUUAAAAACAAACAAACAAGUAAAACCUCUUCAAAGUCUGUGGUGCAUCUGCUGCUGCACCGGAGGUGAAACCAGUUCUGUAUCUUGCUCACUCUGGGCAGAGGCUUCCAGCUCACUGCACAUGGAUGGGGCAGUCACUGGACACGGAGUCCCUUUUUCCCACAUUCCAGUCUCUUUAUUGCCCAUAAAGUCAGGACUGAUGGUAAAAUGCAGCCCAGUGAGGUGAACAGAGAGCAGAGGUUUCCCCAGCUCCCUCCCUUGCUGUUCAGCAGCUCUGUCCUGCUCUGGGCCAUGACAGAUCAUCACAAAAUGAAUCCUUUUACUGUGAAGAGCCAUGGAGGUCUGCAGCUGUGCAGGGCGUGUGGCACAGACCAUGAUCAGCCAUCCAGACAGCAAGGUGUUCUUCAGGGAAAAACAGGCACAAGUCAGGAACCAGGUCUGUUUUUAACCAAAUUUUAUUGUAAAUUUCUUUUGAACGAUAUUCUAAUGAUUUACAAAUUAUAAA